AUGCCUGGGGUGCCGGCGCCGCAGAUGCCUAGAAUGCCGCCGCCGCAGAUGCCUGGGAUGCCGGCGCCGCAGAUGCCUGGGAUGCUGCCGCAGCCGAGGCCUAGAAUGCCGCCGCCGCAGAUGCCUGGGGUGCCGCCGCCGCCGACGCCUGGGGUGCCGCCACCGCCGACGCCUGGAGUACCGCCACCGCCGACGCCUAGAGUACCGCCACCGCCGACGCCUAGAGUACCGCCGCCGCCGACGCCUAAGAUGCCGAUACCUAGGAUGCCGUCGCCGCCGACGCCUGAAAUAGGUCCAGGCAGCGCGAUCGGUAUCCAGAUCAACAGCAACGCGGCAAAGGGGCGAAAGAGAGGACGCAAGCAAGGCAAAAGUGACCCGGGUGGGGGUGCAUGA